GAUUGUGUGACCACAAGGUACAAGUCGGUCGAUAGGCAUCCUCAGAAAUUCUACUAGUGCGAUUAUUUCAAGGAAGCAACGUGAUGAACUGUGCAGUGGCGGAUCGGACGAGUCAUUUUCUUUUAAUUCGUUUAUUCGAAAUCGAAUAAAUAAAAAGUUGAAUUGAUGGCAUCUGAAACGAGAUCUAUGAUUCAAAAUAACCUCGAUAAUUUUUCGAAGCAAGACCGGAUGCGAACUGUUCAAAACAAAGACAGCGAAUUAGAGCCACCGUUUCGACGAGCUAUUUCUCUUAGGCUACCCAAAUCAUCGAAUUCAAAUACUAUUGAUCGCAAUCGAUUAUAUGUAUCGACAUAUCAUGGAAAAUCAUCGAUGUCCAUGACAUGGACACCAGACAAAACCAUACCAGUUUGUCCCGCCAGGCAUUCCACACCUACGAUUGACGCACCUGCGCCGGAAUAUCUUGCCCGAAAUCUUCUUCAACUUGGUUGUCCUGUUGUGUCAAUGCCCACACCUCGUGGAGGAGUAGGGUCUGAACCUCCGCAGAGUAGCGAUAGCGAUGAAUACUCGACGACGAAUACUCAACAGCAUAGUCAUGGACAUGGAUAUGGUCAAGGACAGGUGGAUAUCUACAACGUGCCCAAAGUCCAGGUGUCGGGACCAUCGAACAAUGAUGAAUCCUCUUCCGUCAUCAAUGGGUCUGCGGGGUCCAUAGGAGCACGAUCCGCGCCCAGCACGCCUCUUCAAGUAUCUCCUGGUGCGCAACAAGCGGGCCAACAGUCGAUUAGUGGCUCUCAGCUUACAGUAACUUCUGCCAAUAACUCUCAGCCUCCGAGAAGUCCGAGCCACGCGACCUUGAGAUGUAACGACAGAUGCGGAAUUGGUUUAUCGCAAAAUUUUUCUUCGACAACCCACGAAUACGUUCUUCAGUCUGCAAAGAAGAAGGCAAAGAGAUAUUCUGUCAGUCAUCUUUCAAAACCGCUUAGCAGAAGUGCACCAUCAAUGGCAGCUGGUGGUGUCGUGCAGGCUCCAGGAAAUGUUAACAGGUCCUCGUCUACAUCCUCACCAACAACUACCAGUAGCGCAAGACAGAAGAAAUUCCAUAGGCAUUUCUCUCAGGUUGCUGCGGAUGAACGUGUACUGAAUUAUUAUAGCUGCGCACUGGUAGGCGACAUCUUGUUGCAAGGACAUCUGUACAUUACACCAAACUACUUUGCAUUCUACAGUAAUGUGUUUGGCUAUGUAACGAAGCUAUUGAUACCUACGAUUUCUGUAUUGAAAAUUAGCAAAGAAAAGACCGCGCGAAUCAUUCCAAAUGCGGUGGCGAUUACUACAGAAGAGGAGAGACACGUUUUUUGCUCCCUUCUAUCUAGAGAUUCGACUUUUAAGCUGAUGAAACAGGUUUGGGAUGCAGCUACGGAACCACAACCAUCACCAACCAUCUUACCGUUGGCAAACGAAGAAAAGCUUCUUGUUCCGUUAGUCGACGAUUCUGAAGUGAAUCCUGAGGAGGAUGAUUCCAGUAUGUCCGAAAGCGGAACGGAUCUGAAUUCCAGACCGCCGACUAUUUGUACCGAUACCGAUGGUGUUCCAUUGGCAAUUACCAGGCCGAGUUUGCCACCACCUCCAAAAGUGGAACCAUCACCAACGGUGCCAUUAUUACCUACUACAUCCAAAUCCACUGGUAUCUUAUCUUUGUUCAAGAGUGGAUUGAAAACUAGCACAGUGAUCACUAUCCUGAUAGCUCUUUUGGCAGCUCUCUAUGUGUCGGCGGCUCUGAUGAUGAUUCGUAUCGAUAGGUUACACACGGCAUAUCUAAACCAUCCUCUUGUUUCGCCAGAACGUUUCACUCAGGAUCGACUUUUGCAUUAUCUUAAUACAAAUCUUGAUCAAAUAGUAAAGGUACGGCAGAGUCUACAAACGUUGUCGCAACAGUUUGUAUCAAUGAGCCAAAGUGGUGAAACAGAUCCAAGCGUAUCUGGUGCCGUUGUGGAACCGGAAGAUGCUCCGAGUUAGCCCCCGACGAAGUUAAAUAAUUUAAUGCAACCAAAUAAUACGAAUCCCCAUCGCUUCGCUAGCGUAUGAAGCGUCUCGCAUUAAUGCGAGAUUAUCUUUGUGGUUCUGCGUCGAUUACUUUCGGCGUGUGAAAACGAUUCCGAAUUGAACAACUAAUCGACAAUGUUGUUUCUAGAAUUCUCAAUAGAGCAAAUAUUAUUAUAUUAGAUCUAUCUAGAGUUACCUGAACAGAUUCUGGAAAUUAUAGAAUAUUUAAAGUAAAGCGACAAAACAGGAAAAAAAAAAA